GACGGCGACGGCGACGGCAACAAGCUCGUCUUGGCGAGUGGGCAGGCCGACGAGGCUAAUGCGUCGAGCAUCCAUCCGGCAAGACCAGUCGGCUCACAUGACGCGAACAAGACGGACACGACCGACCUCGGUCGGCAAGAGUUGGUUGGCAGGCGCGACUUCCGUCCACUCUCGGAGAAUCUGAUUGUGCCCUGCAGUAAAGAGUUUCAGAUGGUGCUCAGACAGUUGGAGCGACUUGGCAACCACUUGUCAACAGCCUCACAACCUCGGCCCGAUAGGCAGGGCAGCAUUUUGGAUGAUUGCGAACAGGACAGCUGUCGAGGAUAUCUUCCGAAUCAGCCGAGGUUGGACCGAUUCCCGGUCGUCGCGAGAAACUGGCAACACAAGGAUUCCAGUCAGCCCGGUUCGCAUUCGGUGAUGGAGGCAAGGUAG